CGGACGGAGCGAUCGGUCGGACCAACAGUCAGCCUCCAGUGAGCCGAGCAAGCUCUCUUUCCCACCCUCACGCUCCCCCUCGUUACACCAGUACAUGCACACGGCAUCCGGACACGGACACGGGACACGCGCGCGCGCACGCAUCACACACACACAUACACACACGGACAUACCCGGCGUACGUACCCGCACGGGUGGACGCAGACACGCGCACCACGUACAUUCUCUCGCUCUCUCUCUCUCUUUCUCUCUCCGCCGACGUCCUGCGAGGGUCUCCAUCCACCGAGCGGCACGAGAGGGAGUUCGAGUUCCUGGCUCGUUCCUCACGGCUGCAGUGCGUUCUCAAACACCCAUGAGACAACCUCGAACCGCUCGCUCGCACGCACGCACGCAUGCACACGGCGGUCGAAGGGACACGAGGACGAUCGAGAAGCUCUCCGCAGGAUCCUCGUGAUCAGUGUUGAGGCCUGUUCUUCUUGCUGAAGAAGACAGAGACAGACAGAUAGGUAGACAAACGGAAGUCAAUCCUCCGUCGCCGCCGUCGCCGUCGCCGCCGUUGCCGCUGCCACGCGACCGUGAUACCAACGCCGACGUCAACAGAGACGCAUCCGUGUGAUCCGUAUUCUCUCUUGCUACCACCUCGCCGCCACCCCCGUUUUAUCUCGUCUCGAUCCUCCUCCACUUGCCGAUGUCCAACUGCCGCGGGAAGCCGACCGCUCGCGAGCCAAGCCCGCACGAGUGAAUCUGUGCUGACUGCUGAAGAAAGGAAGGAAGGAAGGAAGGAUCGACCCGGAGGAGAGAACUACGUCUAUCGAGACGAGAGGCAGAAAGAAAUAGAGAGAGAGCGAAGGAGAGAAAGAGAAUCUCCCGCGAGACUGAUCGGUGCUCGAGCUCGACAAGUGCGCGGAUUCAAUCUCGUCCCUGAUAAUGUCGUUUCGCGAUGUAUCCGAGUCGUGGUGGCGGCGAAACCGAUGCUGAGCGAGUGUCCAGAGCGAGGGACGACGAUUCGCGGAGCGUUUGAGAGGUCGCGUUCGCGAGGUAGGAUGCGAGAUAGAGUCUAAGUGCGGUGGUGGAGAUUGCUUGACGGUUUUCUCGCUGCGUGACGGUUUCCCGCGAUCACGGAGGUUGGCGAACGUUCGCACGCGGGGACGAAUAACGACCCUGUGCUGAGGAGACGGGGCGUGCUUCGUCGGCAGCGUCAUGUCUCUGAUGAAGACGAGCCUCCGCCGUUGUCAGAACCGAUGGAAGAGGUAGCACCGUUGAGCGGCGAUCACCAAGCGGAAGCCGGAUCGGAGGCGAGCGCGCGAGUGCCGCGACUCGAAGACGAGCAGAAGAAAGAGAACUAGAAGAUCGUUGUCUGCCGAUCGAGUCGCAACCGCGAGACGGUCGACUGACAGGCAGCUGAGCGGCACGGCAGAGGAUCACCCUGGUCACCCAAGAGGAGCAGCUCGCGAGGUGGGAAGCAACUUGCGAAGGGAAUUCCACUUACCGCGCCGCACAAACAGCCAGGUUCGAGAAGUAGCCGGAAGUACUCGAUUAAUUGAAUGAGCGAAGGGGGCAGAAUCCGGCUCAGAGGGGACGAAUCCGGCGAGAGUCACGAGCUAUCCGGGAAGAUCCGAGUUUGUUGGAGGAGGAGAGACGUCAAAGUUGGCGUCACGACGCGAGAUCAGCACGCGACGUUAACGAGAUAAACAGUUUUCGCGUCCCCUUUCGGUUGGCCGCAGUCGGCCGCAGCCGGGGGUGUGCGUUUCGCCAUAGACACGCACGGAUCAUUGGAGGAGCCGCGAGUGAACUCAUGAAUGGAUCCGCAUAAUCCGAUGACCUAGUGCCGCAUGACGGAGGGUUAGAACGAGAGACGAGUAACCGGGACACGCCGCCGCGGAAUAAUGAGGUCUAACGACAUGUAAAUAGUCUGUUGUGGACCAGUGAAUGCAGGAAAUACGAGGAACGGAGAGAGCCGCGACUCAUGCAAGCAAUAAAUUAGAGACCAACUACUGUAUGACGAGGGCACCGGCGCAGUAACGGAGGCAGCGUUACGCAGCAGCAGCUAGCCGGUCGGAUCCGAAGGUGUCAGUCACGCCGAAAUUAGCUACACUUAAGCUACCUACCCUAGAUUCUAAAAGAUUUGGUCCAAUAGAAGAAAAUAAAAAAAAGGAAAAGAGAAGAAGUAGAAGCGACGAACGAUCGCCGAACUUUACUCCGUGUUUGGCUCCCAAAACGCGUUGGCUGCGCUCCGGCAAGGAUAAGACGCGUGAACGAGCGCCACGUGUGAAUCCUAAAAUUACAACGACACCAGCGAGGUACUUAACUCGAGCAAGAGAGACGCUCCGGUGGUGAACGGGGCGAUUUUUCAAGCGCGCAAACGGCAUCAUCGUAAUCCGAGCGAUCGCCUCGAGACGCGCGCAUCGAUCAGCACGGAGGAACAAGACUCGGCGACGUCCAACGAGGUCGAUUUCCACGGACAGUUUCGCGGGUGAGACGAUCUCGCGAUCGCGGGAAAACGGCUGCCACGAGGGCGAUCCCGAGCAGACGCGAGCGGGAGGUCGUGGAGGAGCGCACGUGUCGGCAUUUGCGUAUUCGACAACGAUGGCAUUAUCCUGAAACGGGCAUGACGCCCUUGGCCUCGAGAUGCGACGAGACCACUACCCUCCUGUUGUUGCUGCUACUCGAGCUGGCACCCGGAGCACGUUGCUACACGCGCGCGGCCGCGACUACGACCACCAGCACCACCAACACCGCCAACAGCAGCACCACCAGCACCAGUACCGGUUCGUCCUUGCCGAGAUAGCAUCUACAGUCCCCGGCGAGGGUGCGAGUGAUGCCGCAUUUCGGCAGCAUUAUGACCAUCGCCGUCGAUAGCACGACAACGGCGUCCACGAGCGUCUUCGAGGGGAACAUGACGUGGUCCCGACCGACCAGCGGUGGCUCUACGUUUCCGAGUAACGAGGCCCUCGCGACUACGCGCACGGCGAUCACAUAUAGCAGCAGCAGCAGCAGCAGCAGCGAGCAUCGGGAACGUGAGAACGACGCUACCAGCAACAGUCGUGACAAUCGGCUCCUCAGCAACGGCGGGGAGUACGCCGUGAGAGGACCGAGCGAGGACGGUGCUAGCGGAAACAACGAAAAACACAUCGAGAGCGGCGGCGAGCGUGACAGCAGCAACGCGAGGGGGGACCUGGGGGGCGGCCUGGCGGCAAGAAAGGCAGCUUCCCACCGCCAUUGCGGCCAGACUUCAGAAACUCGAGUUUGCGGCAGGAACACCGUAGGCGCGACAAAGAGUGGGGAAACUGCAUUUACUGGCGAGGAAAACGUGGCAGGGAUAGGUACUGGGGGUGGCAGUGAAGAAAGUGUCGACGACGUAGGCAGUACUGCCGAUAGUGUGAGUGUGAGUACAGGUGUGUUGAAUAGCACGGAGGAAGGAGUCACGAUCGAAUACGGGAAGGGUCUGUUGCUCUUCGGCUUCAGCGGCUUGAACAUUGUCGGCGACACGAUGGAGGACACGAUCGGCGCGUUCAACGACUCGUUCAACGCGAGCCUGCGCUAUCCCUGGAACAUCAGCCUGUACAACGAGACCUUCGUCCUGGGCCUGUAUCCGUCUGGCUACACCCUGCCGCACAUCGUCCUGGCGUCGAUCGUGGCGACGCUGCUGAUGAUCGUGAUCGUCGUGGGUAACAUGCUGGUGAUCAUCGCCAUCGUCACGGAGAAGGCUCUCAAGAACAUUCAGAACUGGUUCAUCGCCAGCCUCGCGGUGGCGGACUUCUUCCUCGGCCUCGUGAUCAUGCCGUUCUCGCUCGCCAACGAGAUCAUGGGCUACUGGAUCUUCGGUUACUGGUGGUGCGACAUCUACUCCGCCAUGGACGUGCUGCUGUGCACCGCCAGCAUCAUGAAUCUGUGCCUGAUCAGCCUGGACAGGUUCUGGAGCAUCACGCAGGCGGUCGACUACCUGAAGAAGAGAACGCCGGCAAGAGCGGCGGUCAUGAUCGCUCUCGUCUGGCUGCUGUCGGCGCUCGUUUGUAUACCCCCGUUACUCGGAUGGAAGAGACCCACUCCGGCCGAAGAGUUCCCCAAAUGCAAGCUGUCGGAGGACAUCGGAUAUGUCCUGUACUCUGCCCUGGGCAGCUUCUACAUUCCAUCCUGCAUCAUGGUCUUCGUGUACAUACGCAUAUACUUCGCUGCCAAGGCCCGCGCGCGUCGCGGCAUCCGGAAGCAGCCGCGUCCACGCGCGGCGGUGCCACCGGAAUCGCCGGACGUCAGGCAGACCAGCUUCACUCAGAGCACGCCGGCGACCGACACCAAGAAACCGGGAUCAGUCAUGGAGAACGUCGCCACGAUCGAGAACCAGCCGGUCCAGAUACCGAUUGUCACGUGCGACUUUGCCAGUGACGUCAGCACGUCGGAAGCCGAUCCCGGAGGUACCAGCAUCCCGCUGGAGGAGAAGGACACGUUGAAGGUGAGCGUGCCGUUGCCGACGCAGAAGAGCAACCUGAAGGCGACGCUGUCGGUGAACGGAGACCAGUCUGCAGGCGGGCAGAACGUGCCGGCGCGGUGUCGGGCGCCCAGCGUCGGCAUCGACGUCGAUAUGGUGUCCGAGUUCGAUCCCUCGUCGUCGGAUAGCGGGGUGGUGUCGAGAUGCGCGGUGGUGAAGCCGCUCAAGCUGCGGCUAUGCCAGCCGAUCUUCGGGCGCAAGCACAUAGGUAAGCUGAAGAAGGAGCACGGCGACGUGGCGCGACACCCCAAGGAGGAAUCCACCGGCGAUGGGAAGACGGCGAAGCCGCGCGAUCCCGAGCGCGAGAAGCGGCGACUCGCCAGGAAGAAGGAGAAGCGAGCGACGCUGAUCCUGGGCUUCAUAAUGGGCAGUUUCAUCGCCUGCUGGCUGCCCUUCUUCGUCCUGUACAUCUUCAAGCCAAUCUUCCCCCAUUACGAGAUACCCACGCAGGCCUUCGUCAUCGCCUUCUGGCUCGGCUACAUGAACUCGGCGCUCAACCCCUUCAUCUACACGGUCUUCAACAAGGACUUCCGCCGCGCGUUCCGUCGGAUACUGUUUAAAUGAGCGUUACAGUAUAGCGUCGACCAAGAGGGACGCUAGCGACAACCGUAUUCACCCGAGUCUUCCGGUACGCGAGUAGUCCGACGCUGACAACGAGUCGUACCGCGAGGACGAUCUUGCGCUGAUCGCAUCGCGCGACAGCCGAGCAGUUUCCCCUGGUUAUCCUCGGGAGGAACUUUGAAAUACCAUUGUACGGGAAAAUCGCAGGAAUAUGGAGCCAGAAACGCGCGGCAGAUUCGCGACGCAGGACCGUCGUCGUCCCGCAUCGAUCGCGGCAAGUUUUCGCGCUGACUUUUCGGAAUGCAAAGCGGGCGUCGUGUCGAAGGAUACGCCGAGGAAUCGCACGUGCGAAGAAUGCGUUGGGGACGAGACGGAAUCUCCUCGGGAUUCGUUCUCAUCAACGUCCCGGGAGAGCACAUGGGAGAGAGACCCCGUUCGCGACUGCGAAAUCAACGUACAAUCUCACGCCGAAACUGUGUGAUACAUAUAUAUCGCCAGCCACUCUAGAGACAAGAGAUCCGUAGCUAGCCAGCAACGAGUUUCCGGGAACGUCGCGGUAUCCAAAAAGAAGAAGAAGAGUAGAGAGAAAGAGAGAGAGAAGGAUAAAAUUGUCUCCGCGUCGUUGAGCGACAAGACGAGACUACGGAGCAUCUCCAUCGAAUCUCCAUCAGCACGGCAUGUUCGUCUCGAUCACCGGACCCGUUAAAUUAUGCAGCGUAUCGAGGAUCGGGUACAACGCAGUAAGUUUCACGCGACUCCACGGACCUCGUGCAUGCAUCCUUAGCUCGGUGCAUGCGACCUUAAGAUCAACGAAUUUACGAAAAGCACGCUGGUUCGGCUGGUUCCUCCAGGGAACACGAUCCGCCAGGCGCGGCGAGUAUCCUUUACGAGUUUACGAUGUACCUUGCAAAAGCGAGUCGCUUCGUAAGAGACCAAGAGCAAGCAGCAGCAUAUCGCUCCUUCCUCCAUCUGCGCCAUAUUUUUUUUACUGGCCCUCGUUAAGGGAAGCGAGGGACACAGGGAAAACGGAACGACGACCAGCGUGUCCAGCUCUCGAUGAACAGGGGGACGCUGUUCCCGUGCCUAAUCUCUUGGUCCGGUUCGCAGGCAUGACAAUCCAAAGUCGCGUGUACGCGACGCAACGUGCACGGCGCGCUUUCGUAGAGGGAUGUUUUUUCGGAGGGGUUGGAUCGGGGUAGAUCGCCCGAGAGAAUUACAAGCUUCACUGUCGGGACUCUCACCGAGCAUCGUGGCAGAUGCGGGAUCAUCAUACGAUGACGCGGAAGCGUCCGGCUGGUCGAAGAUCGAGGAGGCAGGAUCCUACACGAACCGAUCAAACCGCACGACGACGUUCAUCAGCCAGCGUUGAGGAUCGUCGGCGGAUUUACAAUGACAAAUAAAUGGAGAUACGCGAGAGAGUGUAAGAUAACGUUUCCUAUUAAGUAGAUGCACGCGCAGGGCUCCGCUCUGGAGCGGGGCCCCCCUUCAAACGUCCGGCAUUUCACACACAAUCGUGAGUCUUCGAUGUUACUUUUAACGGAGGUUUAAGCAUGUGUAGGAUUUUACGAUUAACAAUUCUGUCACGUACGUGCGCGGGCACAUGGAACGAAAGAGAGAGAGAAAGAGAAUGUAUGUGUGUCUGUGCGUAGUGUUCAUGUAGUUCCUUUCAUGCUGGAAAAAAGGUACAAAAAAGCCCUGUAUUCUAUAUAUAAGCAGGUCCUUCUAUCGCAGCCUAACUGCACAGCAAUAAUUGACUUUUCGUUCGUUCGAGAGCGCUUGGUACACACGCGGAACGGGAUAUCGCGAUAACACGGUAGGCAAAUCGGCGCGAGAACGAUCAAUUUACGCGAGUACGCGCGCAGCGUGUACGCGCGUGAUGAUACGAACGAUCGCUUCGCGCUGCAGGGUCCAAAAUUGAGAAUCUAGAUAAAAGCGAUGCGUACGCUACAAGAGUGGGUGAGUGGCGUAUCGUGGGGUGGGCACAGGCGUAUGGGGGUGUUACGACAGGAUGAUCGAGAACCACCAGUUAAUUCCCGAGACGAUCCACCAAUUAAUGAGAUUCCGUCUCUCCCGAGACAGAAAUAUUAUUUCCGUAAGACGGAAAUCCCGUUCCCCGUGCCUGCCACUGCGAAACAGAUGCUCCUUACCGUGUCGGCACGGAAACUGAUGAGCCUCGCGCGCGUAAAACGAUCAUACACGGCAUGGGGAGACACCAUGAGACAGAAUAGAGAGAGAACGGGGGCUCUGCACACCUGUGCUCUCGACGUUCCGUGGAACAACACGGGCACGAUACUCAUAUCGUUCCAUCAAGGCGAGAUCUUCGCGGCGCAUAUUUUCCAAGAGAUCCAACGCGAGAGAGAGAGUGUGUGUGUGUGUGUGAAAGGGAGGAAAGAGUGAGAAAGAGGGAGGGACGAGCGAGAAGAAUUCCGGGAUUUUUCUCUUCCGGAAUUCUCGAAGUAGCGGUGACAGCCCGCCUUUUUCCAUCGAUCUUGCAUUUUUCAUUUGAGAAAACGGCAAGAGAAAAAAAAAGAGAGAAAGAGAGAGAGAGAGAGAGAGAAGAUAAUAGCAACACCAGCACCUUAAAUCCACUAUGCCCGAUAUAGCGUGUACAUUAGCGGAAAUGUACCCGCUCACGCACGUACGUGACGCGCAAUACACAACAACGAUAAAUCGAUAAGCACUUUCGCGCGUCUGGUUCCAUGAGUUUAAGAAUGCGUGUGCGUGUUUAUUGCGUCUGUGUAUGCGUGCCCGACUUUGCCUGCCUGCAUGCAUGCGUGUACUCUCUCGUGUCUUGCUCUUCACCGCGCUCGCUUUCUCACUUCCUGUCUAACUUUCCGAGACUUUCAUCUCCCCUGACCCCCACCCCCUCGAGAGUUUCCCUUAAACGGUCCCGUCUGUCAUUAGCCUUAACUUCCUCGCUAAUGUUACCCGUAACACGUAAAAUCUCCGGCUGUUUUAGCGUGUGUACCCUACACGCCGGUAAUUAUUAUAUAGUUAAUUUAUUAUACAGUUGUAAGCACAAUUACGACAUUACAGUACAGCUUCCGAGGGUGCUGCAAUAGUUCCCCUAGAAUUUUCGAGCUUCCUCAGGAUCUUUCUACAAACUCUCUGAUCCGAUUCUUCUCUUCCAGUACUCUCUUUCUCUCACGCUCCUUUCUGUCAUCGCUACUUCUAUCUUCACGUCUUUCUUCCUAAACCUGAAGGUGCCGAAAGAGGAAAAAAAGAGAGUAGCGGGAUGGCACCGAGCGAUCGCGGAUGGUACUGAGUACAAAGGGUGACGAUAUGGAAUUCGCCGAUAAGAUUGUGGCACUCGUUUGACGCAUUAUUGGCGUAGCCGGGAAUCAAUAAGGGUGUACACUUCCCUUGCCCUCGCUUUUCUUCGCCUCUCUUUUCCGCAGCGGCAAGAAGGUGAGAGAAGAGGUAGACGUGUGUUUCCACUCUAUGGCAAUCGAUUGCACGGACGCCGGCGGUCGUUGGACCCGCCGUGGUUAUUUGUGUCUGGCCACCAUAUGGCAAAUAUGCAAACGGGAUCGCGCGAAGUCACACGUAAUCGACGGGGAAUAUUUAGACAACGACCGCGGUCCCGAUUGCGCUUUGCGAUCGACACUUUUAUCCCGGCGGAAGCGCGCGAGGCGCUUCUCUUCCGUUCCGUCGCGCGUUCGCGAGUAUUUUCCGAUAACUACGCCGGAAAUAAGCGAGAGAAAGGGAGAUCUCGCCUUUUAAUCGGCGUCUGGCUGAUUAGAACGCGGGUCCGAUCCCGCGUAUCGCGUGUUCGUUCGAUGAAAGCGUUCUCUUGUUUCCGCACAACGUAAUUCAGCACGUUCUCUCUGUAACGCGCGCUUGAAUAAGAGGAAGAGAGAGAGAGCCCGGGCAUUUUCAUAUUUUAGUACAGUCGUUUCCAUCACGGUGCGCAAGAACGCAAAGCAGAAAGAUCUCUCGCAUUAAUAUCACGCACGCGUGCGCGCGCACGCGGAUUACACGAUAUAAUAAAGCAAGCUGUUUAAUACGAGAAUUUAAUGCGGCACCUUUAUCUCACGCAAGGUAGUAACUCCGCGAUCGUCGAGCAGUUUGCCGUGUGAAUGCCAUGCAUUCGCGCACGUUAAUUUCAACUUUUACCGGACACGCCACUUCCUCGGGCGUGUUUUAUUUCGGUGCCCGCGUACUUACUCGCGUCUUCCGUCGUUGCAAUAUUAAAGCAACUAUUACGUGCCGGUAUUUAUAAUCUCCAGCAACGAGCGAAGGAUAUAUUCGAAGAUCAAGUAUUCCGCCAGGAACAAUUAAUAACACGACACCCCAAGGAAUAAUUGAACGGGAACUAAAAAUAUAUAACGUGAAAUAUUCUACCGGUCGCGCGGAUGACGAGCGGAGCGGACAGAGAGAAAGAGAAAAAAAGAGAGAAAAGGAAGAGAGAUCAAUUAUAACGAAUGUUAUUCUAUAAUUAUACCGUUAAUUUCGCGGUCGAUUAAACGGGGAAGGGGCAGCGAGAGAGCGAGACACGAGUGUGGACACAUCGAACUCGAGCAAACCGAGUUUCGACGAAUAAGGUAGUCCGCAAGCGAGCGUGUAAGAUCAUCCAGCGUGAAGCACGUGAGUGGAUGAUUCGCGAGAAUGAUGACGGAUGAGCGCGAGAGAGCGCACACACAUCGUAUUACAGAUAUUAAUGCAUUAAGAUUAAAAUCAAUCGAGAACAAUUAAGGGAUGUAAGUAGCGCGUAAGGAAUUAUGACCGUUUACCAAUUUGUCAUCAAUUAAAUUAAUACGUGUAAAACACCAGUCGCUCUAGGCGUGGUGGGCAUUUUUUGCAAACAAGUCUUUCGGAUAAUAUUUCUCUGUAUGUGUGUGUCAGUAACUCAGUUAACUACUUUACGAUAAAUACUAAACGAGAAAUGCUCUCCGAGAUGCGGCGCGGGGUGAGCGUGGCGGCCGUUUCCGGGCUGGACGAGUCGCGAGUCGCGAACCGCCGACCAGAGCCGGUAAUGAUCCGCGCCAAUUACUCCAUCAUUAUCGUCGUCGUCAUCAUCAUCAUUACUAUCAUUAUAAUCAUCAUCAUGGCGAUCGUGCUGUCCAGCUGCGAAAACGCGCGCGCGACGACACGCCGCACCACUCGUGCGGCGCUAUACAUAUAUAUAUAUAUAUAUAUAUAUAUAUAUAUAUAUUAUUAUAUUAACGACACAAGCGAGAGCGGCCGCGAAACCGCGAGCCAUACAUUGUACACACAUUGUAUAUUAUUAUAUACCGUUACUACCAUUACCGAUACGCUAACUAAUUAAUUAAUUAGGUAUUACUAAUCAAAGUAGGAAUUCAACGAUUAUUAUUGAUCUUAUUAUUACCCGUUAUUUCCAAUUCGCCGACGGCGAUGGGUCCUCCGCACGUCGCGCGCGGGAUCGUCGUUGCACCCGCUAUAAAAAUAAAAAAAUAGAACAAAAAGGUAAAAAACACGGGGGAUAACUUGCGCUCUUUUCCCUGCCCUCUUUCCGCGGAAACAAGAAGAGAAAAAGAAUUAAUAGCGCUUCCAAUUUAUCGGACUUCGAGCCGUCCGUCCCAGUCGCGAGUAACUCGAUGGGACGAAAAGUUAUUUGUCACCAGGAGGAGAAAAGUAAGGUGGAAAAGGAGGGCGAAGACGAUGGGAGAAAUGCAAGCGGAAACGCGACGGUGGACCGCGGAUCCGCGAUCGUUUCCCGGGAAUACGGAGAAUUUGAGGGAAUCUUCCGGUCCAGUUUUCGUUUGCCUAAAAGCCACCCCCUGCCCUCAACUCUCUCCAUCCCCCACGAAUUAAACGCUUCCGCCGUGGUGAAACGGCGCAUGGGAUUUAUCGCGCGGUCGCGAUGAGACGGGGUUCUUAUCUCACAAUGCGGGGCCGCGGGAGGGUUGAGAGAGGGUGGACGGGGACGUCGCGGCGAUAUUCUUCCCUAUUUGGCACGAAUCCCUGAAUUUUCGGGCGAAACGAACCGCGUCGACCUCAUGAAGGAAUUUUUACAGUUAUGACGGGCGAGAUGGUCAUCCCCCUUCCACCCCCCUCGCGACUCAUUCCUUCGGAUCACUCGAGGGUAGAGGAAACUCGUCUCACGUUGCGGCAGUCACGAUGCGCGAUUCGUGACACUCGAUUCGUCGUGAAAUAACGAGAAACAUCACCCGAAGGCAAAGGAAAUCAGCUCGCGAGCUCGCGCCAGUCAAUGAUGCUAAUAAAAUGACUUUCUCGAAGCUUUAAGUCGCAGUCGAUCUAUUCGAUUAAUUUCAAAGUUAACUCUGGUCUUACACCGUUCGCAUUCUUUCUGAUCGUUUGCUUGUCUCAAUGUCUAUGAUAGAAACGUAGCUCUGUCGCGCGAGAAAGCCACGCAUGACGGAAAUCAUCAGAAAAAUUCGUCUUUCCACGAUCGCGAUAAUAAAAUAACUGUCCGUGUUUUUCAGUCCGCAACUCCAAAUGAUGAAACCACGAGCGCGUUGCUAUCGAUAGGCGACAUCAGUGCAAAGCAAAAAGAAAAAAAAACAGCAUUUCGUUAUUCGACCGAUCAAUUAACGCGGGAUAAAUGGACAUCGCAUCAAUUUCGCACGUUCGGGUUAACGUAAAUCUGCCGCGCGCGCGUCGAGCUGCUCUCGCUCGCAUCGCGAAUAAUUUUCGCUCGUAUUUCACGGCACCUUUUUAAAUGUUGCCCGCGCGCGUGCUCGUUACACGCGGGAGGUGGCGGAGAGACUGGCGGCGGGGUGGCGGGGGACGAUCAUUUAUGUCGACCGCGAUUUAUGUUCCCGUCAUCGCCCCGCUAGAUUUAUGCGCUCGCCGGACGACUCGGAUCCGAAACGAGCGAUUUGCGAUCACUAUGCGGGUGUAUUACGACGUAUUUCCCGCGCCAGGGACGCCGCAUCGCCGGCAGACUUUUACUCUAUCGAUAAUAUUGGAGCAAUGAAAUCACUGUGAUAUCACUAAAACGCUUUUAAAAUGUGCGACGGGAUUGAGAACGACGCCACGUAAAAUUGGCGAGGGCGAGAAAGAGAGAGAGAGAGAGAGAGAGAGA